CAAGAGGUUCUGGAGUGUUUCUGGGACCUUCUGGCCGUUCUUCCUGAGGUGGGUCCAGGUCCUCCUCACCAAAGUCUCUCCUCCAGGUCUUUGUGGACCUCGCUUGGAGUUCUGGUUCAGACCCAGACGGUGAAAAUCAUGGAUUACUAUGAGAAGAAGGAAAAGCAGAUUGAGCAACAUGGAUUUUAUCAGCUGCUGGAGCCUAAAGUUACCCUCCGCGGCCGCCAUCGGGAUGUGGAACUGGUUCAGCUGAAUUUAGUUUUCUCUCCGGGUCAAAGUGAAUCUUUUCUUAACGGCUGCGGGGGAGUUGAAGUGUACAACGACGAUAAUGGGAAGAUCAAGGUUUCCAACAUCCUGGAGAGCAGGCUGGAGCUCGUAGCACAGCAGACGCUGACGGAAAUCAGAGAGACGUUAUUCAGUGCCAUAUUUCACAACCAGAGGAAAUAA